ACUCAAUCCAAGUAAAAAUAAAAUCAGGCCUUGGUAGGUACCAAAACACACCUCGAUAGUGGCCUCAUUUAAAAUAUUAGGAAUGGUUCUACCAGUUUUUAUUUUCUUAAUUUUUGACAUCGUGUUUGGUCAAUUACCGUACCAUGACCCACACUGCAACAACAAGCAGGUCAUCGUCCACCUCUUCAACUGGAAGUGGACAGAUAUAGCUCAAGAGUGUGAGCGUUUUCUUGGCCCGAAAGGUUUCUGCGGAGUACAGAUCUCCCCGCCAAAUGAACAUUUAGUGGAGCAGCCGAUAAGGCCAUGGUCUGAGAGGUACGCCCCGGUCAGUUAUAAGCUGACCAGCAGAAGUGGAACAGAAGCAGAACUGAGAGACAUGGUCCUGAGAUGUAAGAGGGCUGGCGUAAGAAUAUAUGUUGAUAUCGUUAUCAACCACAUGGCAGGUGUAGGCUUCAGCGGGGUGGGGUCUGCCGGGAGCCAUUUCGAUGCCAACAAGAGGGAGUUUUCCGGAGUGCCCUAUAGCGUUUUGGACUUCAACAUGGUGGGGCGGUGCCCUAACGCCGACAACAACAUACACAACUUCAAUGAUGUAAACGACAUUCGAAAUUGUAACCUGGGUGGACUGACGGACCUGUGGCAGGAGAAAGAAUGGGUCCGCGCAAAAAUCGCCGACUACAUGAAUAGCCUGGUGGACAUUGGAGUGGCCGGCUUCAGGGUGGACGCUGCCAAACACAUGUGGCCUGGUGACCUGGAGGUCAUCUGGUCGAGGGUCCGCGAUGUAGAUGGAGGUCGACCUUUCGUCUACCUUGAGGUCUAUGCUGGCGGCAUCAUCCCAUCUUCUGAGUACUUCGGUCUAGGCUACGUCACAGAGUUUACUUACGGGAACCAAGUGAGAGAGGCGGUAAACAACUUCAACAAUCUCAGGGGCGUCGUUCAUCUUGACUGGGGGAUGGCGCCUACGGAGCACGCUUUUGUCUUCGUGGAUAACCACGACAACCAGAGAAACGGCCAGCUUCAUUAUGAUAAUCCAGUAGAGUAUAAACGUGCUGUGGCCUUCACCUUAGCUUUUAACUACGGCUUCGCGCGGGUGAUGAGCAGUUAUUACUUUACUGAGCAUGCGCAGCCCCCACCUCACGACGGUGACAUCAUCAAGGACGUCACAAUCAACGCAGACGGAUCGUGCGGCAAUGGAUGGGUGUGCGAACACAGGUGGAAGGUGAUCACCAACAUGGUGCGGUACAGGAAUGACGUCCUGAACACGGGCAUCGAGAACUGGAACGUCCAGGGAGACGUCAUGUGGUUCACUCGAGGCAACGUUGGAUUCUUUGCAAUGGGCAAAACUAACUUCAACAAGCACAUAUAUACUGGUCUCCCAGCUGGUCAAUACUGUGACCUCAUUAGUGAUUGCGCCAAAAAAUUCAACGUCGACAGCAACGGCAUGGCCGACAUCAGCCCCCACGAUGGAAAUGAGCCCUUUGUUGCCUUCACUACAAAGAGUAAGGACAUGACAGCAAACUCACCUCCAUCUUCUGAUGAGUCAGUCUACAUCCCCCCUCUCAACUCAGACUUCAAAAGAACUAUCAUUCUGAUAAAAGCUAACCUGACCAGUGGACAGGACCUGUUCAUACGCGGGGGCAUUGACCACAAGCGUAGAGCUGGUUGUGAUGUUGAUGCCAAGGCUAGUCCUUGCAGUAUUCCGAUACGCCACUCUCUUCAAGGCAACUCUUCAUACUACGACAAGUUUAACAUAUGGUCAAAGGGAGAUGAUUUCUUGGAUUGGUAUGGUACAGAGUUGUACCAAGGGGAAUACAAUCACCAGAGGCCUUAUGGGACACCAGCAGUAUUGACCAGCAACAAGCCUGAAGAUCAAGGCUACAACCCAUUCAAUAGAUUUGGACCUGGAUACUGGAUUGUUGAUGUGGACAUGGAUUGUGCAAGAACAGACGAUGGAUACUUUGAAGUCAAAGCCAUGGUGGGUGGGGCCUGGGAACAAAAAGUGGUCAGCCAAACGUGUGCUGGAGAUGGAGGAAGUGAAUGGCCAUAUGAAACAACAAACCACUGGGCAAGAUGUGGCCAUCUUAAUGUCUUUAAAUUAGGCUCUGACACGUGUCAUAUAUACACAUUGAAUCUGUAA